CACUUUCGCCUGGCAUAAGUUCAAGUGACUGGGGCUUACUCUUUUUGCCAGCUCGUGCAACUUGAAGAAGGACUUAUCCCCAGUAUAAAAGUUUCGCCAUUACUCUAAGGACCCAUCGCUUCCCAUGGAAGCCUGCGUAGGCAUAGCAGAACUCCGCUUACUCAUAACACAGUGUGUAGAAGAUAACCGGACUCUUUCCAGGCUUGCAAGAGUAAACAAGUCGUUCAGGGAACCUGCCCUCAACGCUCUCUACGCCAGCAUCGACUCCCUUCUUACCUUGGUCAAAACUCUACCACCGGACUUAUGGGAGCUUCGGGAGGAUGGUAGUAAGCGCGACCCGAGAUGUCAUUCAAUCCGGUUUACCCGUCGGAUGUCGAGCAGAGACUGGGACGUGCUACUCUCGUACGCGUCCCGCGUCCAGAGCGUCAAGGAGCAGUUCCCUAGAGGAUCUGGCGAGCCCGGAGUCAUCCUUUCAAGUGGUGUCUACGACUCGCUCAGUCGGUGCCCUUUUCCGCACCUGUUCCCCAACCUCCGAGCGCUGGACGUGCGUACGGCGGGAUCAGAAAGCUAUACGUGGCUUGUGGGCAUUUUCCUUGGUCCAUCGCUGCGGAAGCUGAAACUUUACACGUCGGCUGCUCAUGACGCCGACGAUGAGACGUUGCUCGAGUACGCUCCGCGUAUCGCAGUGAUGUGCCCUCUGAUGGAGGAGAUCACUGUUUUGGCUUUCGUGCGCCGGGAAACGCUGAGCCUCGCCAGGUCUGAGACAGUUUGCGCGUGGAAGCAUUUGCGCAGUGUCAAUUGGGGACCCGUGGAUGACUCUAUGCUUGCGCAUAUGAGUGUGCUUGAGCGGUUCAACUCACUCACGGUUCCCGUCCACAGCAAGUCGCGGUGGUUGGCUUCCGACACGCGUUUCUCGCUCAGGGAGCUUACAUAUCUCGCGCUCAAGACAGACUCCGGAAAGACAGCGGUGCGAGCACUCGAGCGUCUCCUUGGUUCCCCCCCUCCUUCAUCCCCUCCGUCCACCUCCAAUCAGCCAGCUAAACUAUCUCGAUUUAUCUGUACGACGGUCGAGCUCAAGGCAGUUUCUAAGCUCACGUCCUCUUUGACCCGUCUAUGCUCUGAUAAAGAAAGCAUCCUUCUCGUCUGGCUGUCCGACGGGGACUUGUUCGGCUCAGACCUCACAAGAAAGCACUCCACCGAUUGGCUGGAUGGUAUCAACGCUCUAUCGACCUUUCAAAACCUGCGCAUUCUCCGUGUCUGGUACUCCAAACAGCCCUUGAAAGUAUCUGCCAAGCAGCUGUGCGACCUUGUUGCGAACUGGCCUCGUCUAAAGUGCCUGUCGUUUGGCAAACUCGAGAACCCCAUCAGCUUCGUCUCGCUCGUUGAGAUUAUACAGAUCCUCCCACGUGCCUUCGAGGUUGUCGUUCCUACCAUGAUAACACCACUGGAUACGACCGGCGAUGUGUUCAAGAAGGACCCAGAAAUGGUGGUACCAGUAUUCCGGCGGAUAAAGAAGCUGUGUCUUCAUUAUCAGCACGAGGGGGACAAACCGAAUCUUCAAACUGUCGAGUCGGUUGCGGACUUGCUGUGUUACGUGAUGCCGGGCCUGGUGUCGGUUCAGCCCGUAGAGGAGUACAAACAUGAGCACAAGAAGUACUGGGAGAAUGUGGUCCAGGCGAUGUUGGCGGAACAUGAGCGCGUACGUGCCAUAGAGGAAUCAUAGUACUUAUUCUAUAUAGCAUACGAUCCCGAGGUGGAAUCUCAGCCCUGACAUACGGA